AUGGCCUGCCCGCUUGAGCCGCCACUCCUGCCCGGGCCCGGCAGACAUGGCCGGCACUGGGGGCGGGCUGCCCCGCGGCAGGCCCCGGGCCACCCUGGCAAAGCCCAGAGCCCCGGGGCGGCCGGGGCAGGCGGUCCGGAGGCCACUGCGUCCGGGCCAGCCGGGGACGCGGCAGCCGCCGCAGCCUACAGCCUCCCCUUCCAUCCGUCAGGCCGCGGGCCCCCUCCUUCUAAGCCCGCCAGAGGCUCCGCGCUGUAUGCUAGCAGGGCCGGCCCGAGGCCAGUAGAUCACGGUGAGCGGCGGGUACCAGGGCCCCGCUGGGCCCCGCCGGCCCUGGCGCUCGCCGCGGGAGUCCUCAUCGCCUGCCUGCUCGGUGCCCUCUGCCGCCGCCGCCGCCGCCGCCGCCGCGGGAGACAGCCGGGGGAGCGGCGGGCCGUGGGCCUGGGCGGCGUGUCCAGCCCCACGGCCGCGCACCGGGUCCAGCCGGACGUGGAGGCCGGGGAGCCCGGCCUGGGGGGGGCCCGGCAGUGGGGGCGCAUCCUGCUGUCCCUCGAGUACGACGUGGGGAGCCAGGAGGUCAAGGUGGGCCUGAAGCGGGCGGCGGAGCUGCGGGCCGAGGGCAGGGCCGACCCCUGCGCCCGCGUGAGCGUGUCCACGCCGGCCGCGCCCCGGCACGAGAGCGAGGUGCACCGCGCCACGCUCUGCCCCGAGUUUGAGGAGACCUGCCGCUUCCCGGUCCCGGCGGCGGAGCUGCCCCGGGCGGCGCUGCGGGUGCAGCUGCUGGACUUCCAGCGCUUCGCGGAGCCCCGGCCGCUGGGGGAGCUGCGCCUGCCCCUGGGCGCCCUGGACCCCAGGCACAUCCUGGAGCGCUGGUACCCGCUGGGGCCCCCGGGCGCCGCGGAGCCCGAGCCCCGCGGGGAGCUGUGCCUCUCGCUGCAGUACCUGCCCGGCGCCGGCCGCCUGGCCGUGGUGGUGCUGGAGGCCCGAGGCCUGCGCCCCGGCCUGGCAGAGCCCUACGUGAAGGUCCAGCUCGUGCUGAACCGGCGGAAGUGGAGGAAGAGGGCCACCUCCCCCCAGAAGGGCACCGCCGCCCCCUACUUCAACCAGGCCUUCGCCUUCCCGGUGCCCGUCAGCCAGAUCCAGAGCGUGGACCUGGUGCUGGCCGUCUGGGCCCGCGGCCGGCGUCUCCGGGCUGAGCCCCUGGGCGAGGUGCUGCUGGGCGCCCGGGCCUCCGGCCAGCCCCUGCGGCACUGGGCGGACAUGCUGGCGCAGGCGCGGAGGCCCGUCGCCCAGUGGCACCGCCUGCAGCCCCCCCGGGAGGUGGCCGGCCUCCUGGCCUCGAAGCCCCGCCGGCGCCUGCCUGUGCCUGGCUCCUGAAACACCCCGGGCCUCGGU